ACGAACUUUUGUUUUGAUUUGUUUAUUUACAAUGUCUGAAGCAAAUAAUUCAGAUUCGUCCACUUCUGAAUCAGAAGUAAGUGCAUGUAGUUCUAAUUUUGAUCCCAUGAAGGCAUUGUAUUCGAAGAAAGCUAAGGUUCCGGUACAAAAUGCUCCAAUGUAUGAGAACAUUCAACAGUACGAAGCGGCCCAAAAAAGUACGUCUUCAGUGAUAGCUUUUGGGGAAAAAGAGCUCGUGGAAAAGCGAGAACAAGAAAAGAAAGCCAAGAAACUUGAAGAGGAGCUACGUUUACAGGAGAAGAAUCGCCAGCGUUUCGCACAGUAUGAAUUUCCCGUGGAUACGCGCCGGGAGAGGAAGGGCAAGAAUGUGCUCACGCGCAUCGAAGUAAUGGAGGGCCCGCUGUCCGCGCUCAAGGCGUGCGUCGACCAGAGGCUACGAAUUAAGGUGACCACACACAGCGGGUGGGGAGUGCGGGGAGUUCUCCACGCGACGCUGGUAGCGUUCGACAAGCAGUGGAACCUGGCCCUUAGUGAUGUACUGGAGAUAUGGACGAAGAAGGCGAAAGGGAAGAGGAAAAUACCUCCUAUGGGUACACCAGUCCCCAAAGGAACGGCGGCGAAGAUAUCGCCCGUGCCCAUAGUGACCGAGACGCGCGUGCGCAAGGGUGUAUUAGAAUGCACCAGGCAUAUGCCCCAGCUGUUAGUGCGAGGUGAACAAGUGGUGAUGAUCAAUAUAGUGGAACGGUGAACUGUGAUGAGCCUGGACUGUAAUGUGACAGUGAAUUUGUGAUAUGGUGAUCUGUGAAUCGUGGUUAAGUUUGAAACUUUUUGUUACUGUAUUAUGUAUAGUUACAUAACUGUGUAUUGGUUAAGAUAAUACCUAUUGUGUUAUUGGACUCAAAAUAAUGAA